UUUUUUGCGGGGGUGGGGGGAAGGGCUUGGAGUUGGGGAAAUGUUUGUGAGCUGGAUCUAAAGAGGGCUGCGUGGGCGUCGUCGCGACCCUGCGGUGGGGGUGGCAAGGAGUGCGGGCGGCGAAAGCAGGGUGUAGGCCUGGGCCAGGAGGGUCCCAGGACACAAAGUGCCAGAGCUGAGCCGCGCUGAUAUCCCGGAACCAGGACCGACAGAUACUUCCGGGCCAUCCUGGGGAGUUGGAAGUGGGGUGGAAAAGCCAGCGGAAGUUAUGGUACUGGAAGAUUCAUCAGAAUUUCGGGCGUAGCGGGAGAAGGAAGCGAAAGCCAUUGAGAAACCGGCUGGACGGCAGGCUCCGGAGAAUGUCUGGGAGUAAGACAAGGCGAGGCGGCCCCAAGAUGUUGCUGGGCUGGGAACCCCGGUUCCUCUUGCUCCUACUCUUUGUGGCGUGCCACACUCAUCCAGGAGAUGGCAAUGAAGGCAGCAUCGCUGGAAGUUGUCCCUGUGAUAGGAGGAUUUCUUCCGGCUCCCCUCCAAACAAUCUACACAUGGAACGUCUCCGAAAAUACCUAAAAGUCUAUCAACGUUGCUCUUCCUAUGUCAGGUUCCAGCUACCCUUGGGAAGUGUGUGUGGGGGCAGCAAUGACCUGUGGGUCCAGGAACUGAUGCGCUGCUUUGAUCGUGAACAGUGCGGACGUGCUCACACUAGGAGUAUGGCCCGCCAGGGGCAUGUGCCUCCCCGCAGCACCCAAGUUCCUGAGCCCACAGAAAGGAUACUUUCUGCCAUGGGCACUCCUACCCAGACAUACUUGCCAUCCACCCAGCAGCCCACCCAGCAGCCCACCUCUCCAGAAGAAGCACCUUUGUUGGACAAAAAGCUCACCCACACCAAUGCAACCACCACGUACACUUUGGACCACAGUCUAGGGGAAAGGCCUGAGGCCAGGGGGAACCAGAAGCAGCAGGAGGAAAAUGUAGGUCCUGCAGCUGGGACAUCAGCCAUGGUGCCAGUGCUGUCCCUCUUGGGCAUCGUUUUCCUCCUCACUGGAGCCCUGCUCUACGUGCUGUGCAAGAGGAGGAGGGAGCGGCGACUGCACCGUCCUCCAGAUUUGCAGCUUCCUUACGUCCGUGUGGCAGCAAACGCCAACGCUUGAAGAACGGCAACUUGUGAAGGCAGAUUAUGAUUUAUUCAGUAUCAAAUACUAGAACAAUCUCUGGCACAUGGCAGACACUUUCCACAUAUUUGCCAAUGAUUAAUACACAACUAACCAGCCACUGCCCUCUUGGACCUUCCCUCUGUUCAUUUUUUUUUAUGCUGUGAUGUAAUUACCUCUUAUACUAGAUAUCUUGUACAAAUUCUGUAUAUGGAUUUUUUAACUACUAAAGCUUAUUUUUAUAAUCAUCAACUCUUCUUUCUGCAGACAUUGGUCUCAUGCGCUUGCCCCCUUACCGUGAUUCCUGGCUUCAGCUUCUCUGCUGAUGGCCACCUGACACCUUCCCCCUCACCAACCCCCUCCAACCCCUGCCAACCUCCUUGUCCCAAGUCCCUUGUCUUUCGGCCUUGUCCCUUGUCUUUGUCUCUUCCCACCACAGCAGUGUUCCUCCCCAACUUCAGUCCUCUCCCGCUUUUCCACCCUCCCUCCUCGGCAGCUGCCAUACAGCCUGGUUUUACUCC